ACCUCCCCUCAAUGAGAAUAUCGUCGUGAUGGCCGAUGAAGAUGAACAACAACAAGCUGGUCAGCUGAAGCCUAACUCGGGAUUGGGCUCUCUUCCAACGCUAGUACCAGGACUCCAGGGCCCCGAGGCCAAUGCGUUGCAGUACAAAAUUAAGAAUUCAAUUUGCAAAUCUGUACAAUCAAAAGUGGACAACAUAUUGCAAGAUGUUGAGAAGUUUACAGACAUCGAAAAACUCUACCUCUAUCUGAAGUUGCCUUCUGGUCCCAGCAAUGAUAAAAGGACUGAGAAUCAGAGAGCCUCCACUCCUGGAAUAUGUGACCAGAGUGGCAUGUCGUCCAGUCGAACACAGCAGAUGUACGCUUUCAACUGGAUCUGGAAUCACCUAGAGGAGCACCCCGAGACAUCCCUGCCAAAGCAAGAGGUGUACGACGAAUACAAGAGUUACUGUGACAGUCUUGCUUAUCACCCACUGAGUGCUGCAGACUUUGGAAAGAUCAUGAAGAAUGUCUUUCCCAACAUGAAGGCUCGCCGCCUGGGCAUGAGAGGCAAAUCUAAAUACUGUUACAGUGGACUGAGGAAGAAAGCUUUUGUUCACAUGCCUUCUCUGCCCAACCUGGACUUACAAAAAUCAGGCGACGGGUGUGAGUUGAUGGAGGCGUCGUCGGGCCAGUCUCCCAGUGCAGAGGAUGAGAUGCGCUCAGCGGCCUGUGGCUUGGUGUGUGAGUGGGCUCAGAAGGUCCUCAGCAGACAGUUUGAUGCCGUGGAGGACCUGGCUCGCUUCCUGCUCAACAGUCACUACAUAGGAACCAAGUCCAUGGCUGCCCUCACCGUCAUGACUGGGGCUCCCACAGGUCUGAAGACGCCCACGCCAACCUCUGCGUUCGUGCCCACGUCCGAGGCCUCGUCCUUCCAGCCGCAGGUGAAGACGCUGGCCUCUCCCUCGGUGGACGCCAAGCAGCAGCUCCAGAGGAAGAUCCAGAAGAAGCAGCAGGAUCAGAAACUCCAGUCCCCCCUGCCUGGAGAGGGACAGGGACAGAACCAGGCCAGGAGGGCCGAGGCCAGCACCCCAGGGCCAGCUAUCCCCUGUGGAAGUCCUGCUCUGCUCUCACCACAACCUACCAUUGGUAUAGUGGUGGCAGCCGUCCCCAGCCCUGUCACGCAGGUCCAGAGGAGCAGGCAGCUGGUGACCUCCCCCAGCCCGGUGGGGUCCCCCGAGGGGAAGGUCAUGCCAACGGUCAACUUCCAGGUGGUCACCCACACCCAGUCUCUAACCCACAGACAGUCCCCUAAAAUGCCCCAGAACAUCUCAGCCUGCCCCGUGGGAGACCGCCUGGCCAGGCACAGGUACCCCCAGAUCCUCCCCAAGCCCUCUGCCACAGGGGCCAUCACCCUGCGUUCACCCCCCACCCUGCUCAUCACCAACAGCCCCAUCAAGACCCGCCACGUGAUCCAGCCCCAGCUCAGCUCCCACGUCAACGUGGUCAAGAUGACCGCCGUCUCCCUGGCCCCUAGCAACACUAUCAGCACCAGCAGGAACAGUAUGGUCCUCAGGCCAGCUUCAGCGUCGGCCGGGGUGGGAACCACCACCACCGCCACCUUUUCCACCACCGCCGCCCUAGAGGAGGUACGGCAACAGGGGCAGAGCCAGGGAGGCCCCCCAGCCUCCACCCCCACUCCCACAGUGGCCCCUGAGGCCAUCAUCACUGACAAUAACUCUGAUAAACAGAGCACCAUACAGCAGUCCCCCGGUGGGGCCAAGUGUCUAGAGAGGGCCACUAAGUACCGAGCGUCCAGCGAACCCUCGCUCCUGGUCAAAUGCUCCCCAGGACCUGUCAGAGUGACCGCCAGGACCAAAAGCGACCCCUCCUCUACCUCCCCUCCCGCCGCUGCCACCAAUGCAGCGACUAUUAGGGCAGGGACCCAGCAGGGCCGCAAUAACAACAGCAGUACCGCCACCCCCACCUGUCACCAAGAAAGUCCUUUUUAUCUGACUGUUGUGCCCUCGGCCAAUCAGAACGCUCCUAAAGACUCCUCCUCCUGUGCGUCAGGUUCUAAGAGCCCCCGGAAGCGAACCGCCCCCGGUCUCGAUUCCUCCCACGUGAUCCCCGUGAAGCGCGUCUUCAUCUCCCAACAACCUUUAGGUGUGACCUUUGACCCCAAACCAGGGGUCACCGCCGCCGUCAAGAGGGUCCCAGCCAGACCAGGCACCCCCGCCCGACCAGAGAGCGCACCCUGUCGAGUGACGGUGAAACAACACCUAGUGCCCACGCAGAUCCUGGCGCUGUCCGACUCGCCCGUCACCAACGCGGAGAUCUCCUACCUUUCCUCCUCUCGGACUGUCAAUGUGAAGCCCCAGUCCUCCUCGCUGCUGAUAGUGAAACAUGAGGACCCGUCCUCUCUAACUCUCAGCACUGUCAGCAGUCACACCAGCAGCACUGCAGACCCUUGUAGCACCACCACAGUGUCUGAGCAGCAGCAACAACAACAACAACAACAACAACAGCAACAACAACAACAGGCCUUACUACAGCAAGACUCUGAGGCCUCUGUCUCUGUGAUGGCAGUAGGAGCACAGCAAGACUCUGAGGCCUCUGUCUCUGUGAUGGCAGUAGGAGCACAGCAACACUCUGAGGCCUCUGUCUCUGUGAUGGCAGUAGGAGCACAGCAACACUCUGAGGCCUCUGUCUCUGUGAUGGCAGUAGGAGCACAGCAACACUCUGAGGCCUCUGUCUCUGUGAUGGCAGUAGGAGCACAGCAACACUCUGAGGUCUCUGUCUCUGUGAUGGCAGUAGGAGCACAGCAACACACUGAGGCCUCUGUCUCUGUGAUGGCAGUAGGAGCACAGCAACACUCUGAGGCCUCUGUCUCUGUGAUGGCAGUAGGAGCACAGCAACACUCUGAGGCCUCUGUCUCUGUGAUGGCAGUAGGAGCACAGCAACACAAUGAGGCCUCUGUCUCUGUGAUGGCAGUAGGAGCACAGCAACACUCUGAGGCCUCUGUCUCUGUGAUGGCAGUAGGAGCACAGCAACACUCUGAGGCCUCUGUCUCUGUGAUGGCAGUAGGAGCACAGCAACACUCUGAGGCCUCUGUCUCUGUGAUGGCAGUAGGAGCACAGCAACACACUGAGGCCUCUGUCUCUGUGAUGGCAGUAGGAGCACAGCAACACACUGAGGCCUCUGUCUCUGUGAUGGCAGUAGGAGCACAGCAACACUCUGAGGCCUCUGUCUCUGUGAUGGCAGUAGGAGCACAGCAACACUCCGAGGCCUCUGUCUCUGUGAUGGCAGUAGGAGCACAGCAACACUCUGAGGCCUCUGUCUCUGUGAUGGCAGUAGGAGCACAGCAACACUCUGAGGCCUCUGUCUCUGUGAUGGCAGUAGGAGCACAGCAACACUCUGAGGCCUCUGUCUCUGUGAUGGGGGACAUGAAUAGCACAAUGUGGGAGGAGUCAGCCACAGGGCAUCUGGAGGAGCUGCAGAAACAGGCCUUCACUCCGAAUAUACCAGCAGACCACACCAAGCAGCAGGCCCUGGGUUCUGCAGACCAACACCAACUCCCCAAAAUUAUAUCCCAGACCUCAGACUCCUCUGCCCAGUUAUCUGGCCUUCACCAGGAGAUGGUGGACUUUGCCUCCUCAGCCUCCCAGCACGGCUCCACCAUGGACUACUUCUCCUUUAACGAUGAUGAUAUGACCCAGGACAGCAUAGUAGAGGAACUGGUUCAGAUGGAAGAACAGAUGAAGCUGAAGGGCCUCCAGCCACUGUUCAGUAGCUGUGUGGAUAAUAUCUCUCUCCAGGACCAGCCUGGUGGCCCCCAGGGGCCCAUCAUCAACACCCACCACCAAGGGGGUAGCUCUUCUUUCUACCAGUCUGCCCAUAGCAGCAUUACCCCCGUCCAGACCCCCACCCCGACUCCAACCCCUACCCCCACAGAGAUGACUCUCGGCGGGCACGGGCUGACCAGAGGGAGCCCCUGCUGCCAUCACAGCAUGGCCCCUAUCACGCCCGUGGAGGGGCCUCUAGGAGGCCGACACACCCCUAUAAGCGCUCUGUCCAACUGUUCUAGUAGCAUACCGCCUAGCCCUGUGGAGUGCAGGAACCCGUUUGCCUUCACCCCCAUCAACUCCAGCAUGGCAGGGGGUUACCACGACGAUGCCUCCGUGGUGUCUGUCUCCUCCAGCCCCGUCAAGCCCAUGCAGAGGCCCAUGGCCACUCACCCAGACAAGGCUAAACUGGAGUGGAUCAACAACCGCUACAACAGUGGUGGAACUGGAGCAACUGGAGGAGUCGGAGCAGGGCCAGGGUCUGGGUUAUCCAUCUCUAACCACAGCCUUGGUGGACUCCUGCCCAGCUACCAGGAUCUAGUGGACGACCACUUCCGUAAGCCGCACGCCUUCGCUGUUCCGGGCCACAGUGGCCAGUUUUUCCAGGCCCAGUCCAGACUGCAGGACGGCGGCCAUUUUGGAUUUCUGACCCCCAUCUCUCCCAUCUCUCCGGUGCAACAGCAGUUGACCAGCGUAUCGACCACGCCCACCAACACGGCAACCAAACAGGACGAGAGCUUCGCUGUGCCUGCCCCUCUGGACAACAAGGGCGGAGCCUCGUCAUCAGGGGGUGGGACGUUCCGUUGCCGCAGCGUCAGCCCCGCCGUGCGUCAGAGGACCUUCAGCGGUACCGGCACAACCAUCGGUACCGUCACAUCCCCCGGCGCCAGCACUACCACUCGACUGGUUGUCUCGCAGUUCAGCUCCCCCAUGACCUCACAGGAAAUACUCAGCAUCCUGUCCAACAGCCAAUCGGUGGACGGCAACCUCCACAGCAUGGCCCAGCGCAGCCAAUCGGUGCCCUUAAACAUCAUGAUGCAGAGCGUUGUGGAGAUGGAGCUGCUUCCUGUAGAGAUGCAGGUCAUCCAGGGACAGAACCAGAGUAAUGCCACUAAGAUCACCAACGUCCUCCUGAGUAAGAUGGACUCUGGCGUGGACGACACAGUCAGGGGCCUGGGCAUCAACAACCUUCCUUCCAACUACACCGCCCGCAUGAACCUCACCCAGAUGCUGGAGACCCAGUCUCAGAGUCAGACUGCCCCUGGGGGCUUCACCACCGGAGGAGGUGGAGGAGGAGGAGGAGUCAGCUCCAGCCCUGCCUCUUUCGAGCUCCAGCAGCACGGGAGCUACCUCACCAGCGCUGGAGGAGGCGGGGGGGAGAUGAGCUUCUCCUCUGGAGACAACCAAGCACCAUCAGGGCCUGGUGAGGACGCACAACAACAGCUAGACUUCAACAACACCGUUAAAGACCUGUUAGGUGACGACGGCCUCAACGUCGACGCCGAAGGCCUCAACCCCAGCUCUCAGCUGGUUGGUCAGGUGGCCUCGGAACUCAACGCCGCCGUGGCGUCCGACUUCACCAACGACAUCAGGCUGACCUCUGACCUCUCAAGUAGCAUCACAGACCUGAACACGUUGGACGCCAACCUGCUGUUCGAUCCGUCCAAUCAGCAGCAAGAACAGUACGAAGCCGCCACACUGGAAGAGCUGAAGAACGACCCUCUGUUUCAGCAGAUAUGUAGUGAUACUGUGAACGCCUCUUUCGACUGGCUGGAGAGCAAAGACCAGCCGACCACUGUAGAGAUGUUGGGCUAAUGUUGUUAUUGUGUGCGCACAAAUGGAAGCUUAUUCCUUAUAUAGUGCACUAUGGGUCUCUGCCUAUUGGCCCCGGUCAAAAGCAGUGCACAAUAUAGGGACUGGGGUGCUAAUUUGGACGCACUCUGUCUUAAAAAAAAAAUAUAUAUAUAUAUUUAUGGUUUCAGUUUUUUUAUUACUGUUUGUCGGGAAGAAAAAAAACUUCUGGACUCUCGGCCAUUUUGUCCAGUGAAAAGUGCCAGCCUAACCUGAAAAUCUCUCUCCUAAUUUUUCACGUUUUUUUUAUUUUUUAUAUCACUUUUACUGUUAAAAGAUAUCUGAUUCACAAUACAUUACCACUUCAUUUCGCCUUCCUAUGAAAUCAAAAAUUAGUACAUUUCAAGUGAGUGAAGACGUGGUCUGCGAGACGUGGUCUGCGAGACGUGGUCUGCGAGACGUGGUCUGCGAGACGUGGUCUGCGUCUGAAAUGCCACCCUAGGGCUCUGAUCAAAAGUAGUGCACUACAGGGACUAGGGGUCCAUUUCAGUGGCAGACUUGUUAUAAGGGGUAGAUUUCCCAAGGUACAGUAUAAUCUUCCAUGUUGUAUCUAGUCAUUCAAUAAUGCAAUAUUUUUAUUCAGAAAUCAUCUAAUAAAUAGGAAAUCUGGCACAAAAUCACACAAUCACACGUUUGCUGUAGGAUGGUAGUAUCCUGUUUCAGUGCGUUUCAAAAGUGAAUCCAAACAGAAAAAUACAAUAGUGGAAUGAGUAGGCGACUUUAUGAUAUGCACAUUACGUUUUAGCAGUAAAUGUACCUGCCAUAUCCGAAUACUAAACGGGUAGCAUGCAGGAGCCGAAUUUAAGACUUCUUCAUCACGCAUUAUAUUGAUACCAAAUCAAUGGCAUACUGGUUCGUAUCUGAACAGCGUUAUCCCAGAGGGAAAUCUUUUAAAUGUCAAUGUCUCUAUAUAUACCACUUGUACUGUUCAAUAGGAAGAUGAGGUGGAUUUGGUAGCACUGGUCGCCUAUCUGGUGAAGAACCAAUAUGACACUCAUACUUAGCUGCCUUAUUUCCAGACUCCAAGGCCUUACGCCAUCGUUACAGACAGACUUUAUAUAAUACUGUACAAGUAGUACAUAGAAUCUGCACGUUCUAGAACUAAUUCUAUAAUUCUAGAACCAUCCAGAGCUUCACCAUUCAUAUCAAGGCAGCUGAUUUAAAAACUCGGAUAAUGUUUUCAAUACUUUUUCUUAUGGUUAAUUUAUUUAUUUGCGGUGUCACUCAAUGCAUCCAUAGUGUAUAAAACAAACCACACACUGUGUGCCCUUACUUAGUAUCAGUUGUAGAUGGAGAGUGAUGUUGGACAGGUGGUCACAUGUUUCAGUGUGAGUCCUAAAUAGCAGCCUAUUCCCUAUAUAGUGCACUACUUUUGACCAGGGCCCAUAGAGCUCUGUAUAGGGAAUAGGGUGCCAUUUGGGAUGUGUCCUAUAUAAAUGGUAUGACGAUGGCUAAAUAUCUAAUUGAAGGCAACACAGAGGCUGCAUAGAUACAGUAGCUAUACGACUUGGUUUCUGGAUUUUGAUGAUGUCAGCUUGAGAUCUAGUUACGAAUCGUGUUUGGUUAUUGUCUUUCCUGGAGAUCCAGCCUUAUUUCCAUACCAAAGAAGAGCCGUUGUUUAAAUGAACGUACAUUUUACAUGAGAAUAAGUGACAAGAUCGUAUGAGAGGUUGUUAUACAUGGGAUUUAUAAUCAUCCAUUCACUCCUAGUUGGCUGUGUUAUCUGUGAAGAGAAAACAAAAUAUACCUUGGGGGCCGCGUCCCAAAUAGCAUUCCAUUCCCUUUAUAGUGGGGGGUCCUUAAGGGUCUGGUCAAAAGCAGUGCACUAUAUAGACCAGUGGUUCCCAACUCCGGUCAGUACACCAUUUUUGUUGAAGCCUCUGACAAAAAAACACCGGAUUCAACUGUUCAAGGGCUUGACGAUUAGUUGACAAGUAGAAUCUGGUGUGCUUGUCCGGGGGCCCAAAACUAAAAUAUGUACUUCUGGGGGUAGUGGAGGACCACAGUUGGGAAACACUGAUUAUAGAAUGGCAUUUGGGACACACCCUAAAACUGUUAGGAGGUUUAUUGCAUUCUUUUUUUUUG